AUGUCUAAGAGAGGUCGUGGUGCUGCCUCCGGCAACAAGUUGAAGAUGACCCUUGGUCUUCCUUGCGGUGCCGUCCUCAACUGCUGCGACAACUCCGGUGCUCGUAACCUGUACAUCAUCUCGGUUAAGGGUAUUGGUGCGCGCCUGAACCGUCUCCCCGCUGCUGGUGUCGGUGACAUGGUCAUGGCCACCGUCAAGAAGGGAAAGCCCGAGCUCCGUAAGAAGGUCAUGCCCGCCGUCGUCGUCCGUCAGAGCAAGCCCUGGAGAAGACCCGACGGUAUCUACCUCUACUUCGAGGACAACGCUGGUGUGAUCGUCAACGCCAAGGGUGAGAUGAAGGGAUCCGCCAUCACCGGCCCCGUCGGAAAGGAGGCUGCCGAGCUCUGGCCUCGUAUUGCCUCCAACUCCGGUGUCGUUAUGUAA